AUGUCGACCUUUGAAGAACUCUUCAACGCUAGCACGCUGGAGGUGCUCGUCCCUCCGGCGUCCUUCGCCCUCCCGGCAACCGGCCCCGCUGACUGCCUCGAGCAGCUCAAGUCCACGGGCGAGCGCAAGACAGCUUUCUUCGACGAGAAACUCCACUUUCUCCUCGCCCUGCACCUCCCUUCGACCGAAGAUGCCUCUGCCAGCCCACCCGCCACCCUCAUCUCGUUCCUCUCCUACCUGCAAGUCUCUUAUGAGGCCUCCUAUAUCCCCUCCAUUCCCGCCGCUCCCCGCCCUGAGGCCUCCCCGAUGCGCCUCUCGGCGCCCCCGCGCACCAUGUCUCUCAAGAACCAGUCCAAACUGAACUUGAGCGUGAAUGCGAACGCGAACAAACAGCACCCAUCCAUAUUCCCGCCACACACGCCCAACCCGACGCCCGGAGCGUCUGGUGAGGAUAGGAGGUACGUGCAGGCGGAGGGCACGCUUCUCAGCGCGGGAACGUGGGGCGAAGAGGCUCCGAAUACAAAGCCGGGCUCGACACCCGUAGAAGAUGAAGACGCGGAGACGUUUGCGUUACUGUAUUCCGAAAAGGACAAGGAGUGGAUAGCGGUGUACAGGCUCGUCGUGACAGUCGCCUUCCUGCGAAUACCCAUCUCCGACCCGCUCCUCUGCCUCACAGUCUCCACGACGCUGCGCGAGAACCCACUCCCGAACCCGCCCGCGUUCCUCGCAUCCUUCUCUUCGUCCCCUCCGCCCGACACGCCAGUGGAUACAGACGGACAGGGGAACGAAGAGGACGAAGAGGAAGGAGAGUUGGCCGGGUUGACGGAGGUCAACCUUCUGGAGGGGCUCGCAUCUGGCCCGACUUUCCCGCCCCUCGACCUUCCUUCCACCCGGCUCCCUCCCACAACUCGUCAAACCGCCUUCUCCCUCCCCCCGGUCCCUUCGUCGCCCUCCUCUCCCUCCCACACUUCGCCCUCCCACCCGUCUUCACCCUCCAGCAAGUCCUCGUCCCGCCGUUCUUCCUACCGCCUCUCCGCCACACAACAUCCGACUCUUCGCAAAUCGCACCGUAAAACUCUGCCCACGCUCUCAGGCUUCCGCGUGCGCCUGCGCUCCGUGCUCGUCCCCUCAGCGGAGGAGGAGGGCGAGGAGCGCACGGUCGUGCUGUGCGUCGAAGUUGAGAACCCGCCUUCUUCUUUCUCGUAUGGGUUCGCGGUCGAGCGUGUGGAGGUGGCUAUAUCUGGGCCAAGUGCGAGUGCGCGGUUGGUUGGGUGGGGUGCGCGCGAAGGGGACGGGGAAGAGGAGAAAGUGUUCCCCCUCCUCGUAGGCGCGGCGGAGCAGUUUAACCUCCUGUACGCCGUAUCCUUCCAUGAGCCCGGCGAGGGGCGCGAAGGGAUGCAGCGCGCGGUGGCGAUCACGAUCCACGGGCGGCCCUUCCACUCUCCUACUUCCCUCUCCUCCCAGGAGCACCUCAUGUACCCCACGCGCUCGUUCGCAUCCCGCUGGAACUGCAUCGUCGACCUCUCCCCGGAGCGCACCGCGCACGCCGAUAUGGUAGCGGUGAACCAGGAUGACGCGCUCCCCGCACCCGCGUCGCCCUUCCCGCAAGUGAGCACACCGCGCACGGCCACGCCCUUCACGGCGCAAGAGAAACCGGCCCCGGUCUCGCAGCAGGUCGCGGGGAGCAAGCGGCACACGCUCGCCGCGCUCGCGCCCACCACGCCCAAGUCCUCGUCGAGACUCAACCCGACGAACUACCGCUCCUCCACCUCGCUGCUUAACCCCUCGCAUACGCGCGACUCCCUCAGCCCGGCACCGCGCACCGCCAUCUCGCCGGCGCCGCGUUCGUCCUUCCUCCCGCCCUCGCUCGUUCUUCAACAAUCAGCCCCGCGCACGCCCACCACGUUCUCCCCGCGUAUCCCCAGUCCUCCCCUUCCUCGUCCGCCCUCGACGCCCACCACACCCGAGGGGCAGUACGCGCGCACUCAAGUCCCACCGACGCCCGCGUACCCCGCUUACCCGAAUUCGCCCGUGCCGCCAACGCCGUACUCGCAGGGCCCGAUGGGUGGGGCGGGGAGCGUGGCGCCGAGCGUGGAGAUCCGCAGGGAGCGCGGUCUGGCGGCAGGUGGCGGAGGACAAGGACAGGUCCCGCCGACGCCCGCGCCGUGGGUCACCGCGGGAGGCGCGGGGGGAGGGAUGGCGCCGCUGCAGAGUAUCCAAACGCAGGCGGACAAGAGCGUGCGCGAGCCGAUUGUGGUGUCGAUCGGUUUACUGCACGACGAGGAGGAUGAGGGGAGGGAGGGCAGGAUAUAUCCCCUCGACCGGUUCACGCUGGAUAUUUUCGUGUUUAACCAGAGCAGCUGGAUCCGGCGGUUCGAGGUGAGCUACCCGCCGCGCGCGAGGCGCAGGCUGAGGGAGAGUGUGAGGGAGAGUGGCGGGUAUUUCCCGAGCGUGACUGCUCCUGUUGAGAAGGAGAGAGAUACGGGCCCGGGGAUUAUGCCGCUCGAGAACCGGGUGAGAGUGGGACCGCUGCGCCCGGAGACUUGCCAGUCGGUGCGGAUGGAGUUCCUCGCGCUUGCGCCGGGCGUGCAUACGAUCGACACGCUGGUCCUGACGGAUAUCGAGUCGGGCAAGUCGAUGAACUUGAGGUCGGUGAUGGAUAUUGUGGUCCAUGACCCUAGUGGUAUAUAGCUGCAGUCCGUUGGAAUGUUGAUAUCAUUAUUACCUUGCUUUUCCUUACAGUCUGCGUGCCAUCGCCUUUCGCUGAGAAUUGGGAUAAGCAACACUGCAUGUUAUCAUCGAGACGUGGG